AUGGCGUUCAAGACACUCUCGGCCAAAGCGGCCGCCGCACUUGACCAGGAGCUCAUGAGCACCGGUGCUUUCUCGAUUGACCAGCUUAUGGAACUUGCUGGGCUAUCAGUGUCACAAGUCGUCUACCGGGUCCAUCCGUUGAACAAGGGCAAGCGUAUACUCGUGGCUUGUGGCCCGGGAAACAACGGCGGCGAUGGGCUUGUUGCCGCUCGACACCUUUUCCAUUACGGGUACCAGCCAUCCAUCUACUAUCCAAAGAGAAGCAAGAAUGAUCUUUACCAGCGACUCGCCAAGCAACUGGAGGACCUCAAGGUGCCGUUUGUGGACGACUUCCCUUCAGCCGUGAAGUCGACGGAUCACAUCGUGGAUGCUGUUUUCGGCUUCAGAUUCUCGGGCGAGGUUCGCGAGCCCUUUCCCGCUGUGAUCAAGGCUCUUGAGGAGACCAAGCUUCCCGUCACUGCUGUCGACGCCCCGUCCUCCUGGAACAUCGAGGACGGCCCCCCAGUAUCCGGUGUCGGCAGCAAAUAUAACCCUGAUUUCCUGAUCAGCCUCACCGCGCCCAAGCCUCUCGUCAAGCACUUCAAGAGUCGACACUUUAUCGGUGGACGGUUCGUCUCCCCAUCGAUCGCCGAGAAGUACGACUUCGAGGUUCCGGACUACCAAGGGCUCGACCAGUUUGUCGAGGUCGGUAACGGAACCGAAAAGCUCUAA